AUGAGAGCAUUCUUGAAAUCUGUGGAUGAACGAGUAUGGGUUUCCAUCACAAAUGGUUGGACAGAACCAGAGGUUCUUGUUGACGGAGUACGAACUCCCAAAAGUGUAGAAAAUUACUCUAGGGAUGAAAUAAGUGAGUGCGGUUGGAAUAGCAAAGGGCUUAAUGCGAUCUUUAUGGCUAUAUCCCAGGAAGAAUUCAAACGGAUAUCAAUGUGUCAAAAUUGUAAGGAAGCUUGGGAUAUUCUUGAGAUUACCCAUGAAGGGAACAAGGAUAGAAACUCUGAGAAGCACACUAGAACAAAUAGAGAUAAGGGUCAGUCCAGUGUGCAGUGUCAUGAAUGCCAUGGUUUUGGACAUAUUCGCCUGGAAUGUCUAAACUACAAAAAGGCAAAAGAAAGAGCAAAGAUUGCAUCCCUAAGUGAGAGUGAAUCAGAGUCAAGUGAUUCAUUAAGGAACUCUUCCCCAAAAAGAAAUCUGAAUUACAUGGCAUUCACUGUCUCGGUAGAUAGCAAGAGUCAACACAGUGAAAAUGUGUCGGAUGAUGAGAGCAAGUCUGGAAAUGAAUCUGAAUAUGAAGAUGAGCUGCAAGAAGUAGAAAAUGAAGAGCUUCAAGGCAAAUUAACUGAGGCCAUUGUUCUAGCUGAUCAGUUUAAAAUGAAGAAGGUGUUUUUAGAAGAUGAGUUAAAAACUCAUGAAAGUGAAAUAACCUUGCUGAAAGAAAAGCUAAAAUCUUUCUCCAGCGGGAAACAAAAGUUGGAUGAAAUCCUAAGUUUUGGAAAGUCCCCUAGUGACAAGAGUGGACUAGGAUAUGAUGCAGUAAACUCUAAAACUGCAACCACCUCAAAGGUUUCCCACAAAAAGGAGAAGAAGACUGUGUUUGUGUGUGAAUCAGCAGUCAAUGGAAAGACUAACCCAUCUGACAAGGGCAAGAAAUCAUCUCAUGUCCAAAUGGGUGUUCGGUCUCAUGUGAAACCAAAAACUAGAAAUGCAAGACCCAUCUGUCAUCACUGUGGAAAAAUAGGUCAUGUUGUAACGGAGUGUUUUAAGCUGAAAAGAUACAUCGGGUAUGAACAUGCACCUUUUCAAAGCAAAAGUAUGCAUCCUCCAAACAUGGAUAAACGUCUCAUAACUGCUCCUAAGUAUACCUCUUCAUUCAGGAGACAAAGAGAUAGCAAAGAAAACUAUGUGUGUCAUAAUUGUGGUAGGGCUGGCCACAUCCGACCAAAUUGCUAUGAGCUUAGAAAGAAUCACAUGAAAAAUGGAGAUAGACAACCAAGAAGAGGACAUCUGAAUCUUUGGAGUCAAGUCAUGGCCUUAACCAGGCAGAAUGAGAUGCUGAAUGUCAAGUUAGACCAACUGUUAACUACCAAAAAGGGUGGUUCUCCAAAAGUUAGAAAGAUGUGGGUCAGAACUGGAGAAAGAAACACAUGUCAUGUGGCACACAUUGCUCUAAAGACUAGAGACACAUAUGUGUGGUACCUUGACAGCGGAUGCUCACGUCACAUGUCAGGUGAUAGAAGUUUGUUUAAAACUAUUGAGGAAUACAAGUGUGGAACAAUAACUUUUGGAGAUGGUGGAAAAGCUGAUAUAAUUGGAAAAUGUGAAAUUGAUAUACCUGGACUACCCGUCUUGAGGGAAGUACUGUUUGUUGAUGGAUUAAAAACAAAUCUCCUCAGCAUAAGUCAAAUGUGUGACAAUGGUGCUGAGGUUUGCUUUUCAAGAGAAAAAUGCAUUGUUUCAGACAAUGAUGGAAACUGCAUGAUGCAGGGAACGAGGACAUCUGACAAUUGUUAUGGCAUCACUCCUAAUUUUCAAUAUAGUUGCAACAGUGCUAAGAGUGAGGCAACAGACCUGUGGCACCAAAGACUUGGACAUGUGAAUCAUAAAAAUCUGUCCAAGAUUGCCAAGAAAGAUAUGGUGAUAGGGUUGCCUGAGCUAGGUAAAGUGGAGACUCCUGUGUGUGGGUCAUGUCAAUUGGGAAAACAAGUCAGAAUAGCUCACAAGAAAACUACGGCUAUCCUAACUGAACAACCUUUGGAUUUAUUGCACAUAGAUCUUAUGGGACCCUCUAGAACUGAAAGCUUGGGGGGAAAGAGAUACAUACUGGUAAUGGUGGAAGACUUCACCAGAUAUUCAUGGGUUGAAUUUUUGAGAGAGAAAGCUGAAGCUCCUAAUGUGAUUAAAAUCUUGUGCAAGAAGCUUCAAAAUGAGCAAGGAAAGGUAAUAGUCAGAAUUAGGAGUGAUCAUGGAAGAGAAUUUGACAAUUCAAAUCUUGAGAGUUUCUGUGAUGAAGAGGGCAUCAGUCAAGAAUUUUCUGCCCCUAUCACUCCACAGCAAAAUGGAGUGGUCGAAAGAAAGAAUAGGGUGAUUUAA